UUUGUUUUGUUUUGGUUUUUUUUCCUUCCUCGUUUCAUCUUCAGCUCCAGCCUGGAGCUCGGAGGAGAUACGCGAUAAAUAAAAUGUAGCUGUUAGUUUAUCAAAUGGCUUUUGGCUUUUUAAUGAAGCCUUUUCUGUUUCUUUUUCUCGUGGAAAUACGUGUCGCGGCGGGAGAGAAUUACUCACUAAAGUAUUACCACACUGCGUUUUAUGGAAGAAUGAACAACCCAGAAUUUUUUACUCUUCAGAUGGUUGAUGAUGUUCAGAUAAAUCACUGGGACAGCAUCACCAACAAAAAAGUGACCAAACAGGAGUGGAUGAAGAGCAUCACAGAAGAGGAUCCACAGUACUGGGAGAGUCAGACUGAAGUCUGUGUGGACCAGCAGCAGUGGUUCAGAGACAACACUGAAAUGAUAAAGAAGCACUUGAACCAUACUGAAGAUACCCUCACCUUACAGUACAUGUACGGCUGUACCUGGAAUGAUCAGACUGGUGAUGUUUUUGUUUAUCAAAAAUUUGGCUAUGAUGGAGAAGACUUAUUAGUUUGGGACAUCGGGACAAAUUCAUGGGUCACUGCACAGCAGAAAGCACAUCAGACUAAAGUCAGGUGGAACCAUGAAACAGCUAAGUUGGAGCACACAAAGAAGUACCUCACCAAGGACUGUCCUCAGUACCUGAAGAAGUAUGUGGACUAUGGGAGGAGCUCUCUGAAGAGAACAGUUCCUCCCUCAGUGUCUCUGCUCCAGAAGACUCCCUCCUCUGACAUCACCUGCCACGCUACAGGUUUCUAUCCUGACGAAACCAAAAUGGUCUGGAGGAGAGAUGGAGAGGAACUCCAUGAAGGUGUGGUCAAAGGAGAGAUCCUUCCCAACAAUGAUGAGACCUUCCAGAUGAGCAUUGACCUAAAUAUUAGUUCUGUUCCACCUGAAGACUGGAGGAGGUAUGACUGUGUGUUUCAGCUCUCUGGUGUGAAUGAAAUCAUCACCAAACUGGACAAAGCAAAGAUCAGGACCAAUGAAGCCUCGGCAGCAGCACAUCUCAUCACCAUUGUCAUCUCCACUGCAGCCUUCAUUGUCUUCAUUGGAUGUGUGAUCGGAUUCAUUAUUUACAAAAUUAAAUCUGAUAAGAAGACUCCACCUAAGUCUGCAGAAUCACAGAGCCUGACAGGUUCAACAACUUCCUCAGGUUCAACUUCCUCAGAUUUACCAACUGUAACUGUCACACAUGGUAGAGUCUCUAUAGUACACCCAAUGUAGCUUUGUGUGAUACAGCAUGUUUUUAUCAUCAUCUUGUGCUUUUGCAACUUUCUACUUUGAGACAUUUUGAGUUCUUGAAACAUUUCUGCACCGUUCAGCUGCUCUGACUCAGCAGCUGAGACUUCAGGUAUAAACCUGCCAUCACCUUCAUGUUACACAUGAUGCUUCUUCCUGCAGUUCACUGUUUCCAGGUUACAGUUUUAUCUCAAUGAAGCCUCCUCAGAGGGAACAACAGAGAUGCUGAAAGCAGCCUUUGACCAAGAUUUAGAUGUAAUAAGACAGACCUGCUACUAUUUCUAACUGAACUAAUCAUUAUGACAGUGAACAUCUCCUCACCUGCUGUUUCUUGUGUUGUAAGAAACAGAGUGCUGCCACAAUUAUGGCUUCCAUGCAGGGAUUUUAAAUUGUAUAACUGGUGACGUUUGUGUGGAGAUAGUCGUGGCCCAGUGGUUCAGAAAACUGUCCUUGUGUUUGUGUGAAGGCUCAUGUUGAGUUUUGUAUUUCAGCCUUCAAGCUGAGUGUUGUGGUUUCUUCUUUCUUUAGUCUAAUUGUACCAAAGAGGGUUUAAACUGCAGCAACGUACAUGCAGUCAUCUUGGUGCUGUAUCAGUGUGUUGGGGUUUAUUUUUUAUUCAACGAAUAAAAUGGCAAAUGUUUAAAAGUAAACUCCAGGAAAUUAAUUAAUAAGCAGCGGCUGAAGCAAAUAAUGGACAAUUAAAUAAAUAUAUUAGACAGAGAGCAGACAGAUGGGAGACCAGUGGUCUCCAGACUAACUUCACGGCCUUUGGGAGAUAUGUUUAACUUAUCCUCAAAGGUUUUGACAAAACAUGAACAUCUGUGUCUAAGGAGGGAAGGGUGUGUGGGGGCCACUGCUCCCUAAAGAGAAUAAAGCUGCCAUGUCAUGAUUAGGAACAUGUGAGGGAGGAAGGCAGGUGUGUUUUUUUUUAAGCGGAGCUUUUAUUGCUGAUUGGAGAAGCUUGUGCCACGAUGCUGGAACCAACCAUGGACGAACCAAUCUGAGAAGGCCAAGUCUAAACCACGGCUCUCUCCAACUGUUGUUGAAUUGAUGGUGCUUGUAGUAUAAAACUGUAUGUCUAGCUAGAGAUUUCGCUCUUCUGUGGAGGGGAGCACAGGCAGCUGUUUGGAAGACCCUCAACCGAUUGCUGUGUAAACACAAUUCAUCUGAUUCUUUAAUAUAUUCACAAAAUAAAAAAAAACACACACUGACAAAUGCUUUUUUUUAAAAAAGCCUUAAUUUUCUAGUUUUAACACUUUGAAUUUUCUAAACACGCCUCAUUGAUGAAUGCUGAAUCUUUAUCUGAACAGCAGAAACAGAGAAUAAACUGUUUCUGUUUUGAAAUGGAAGAAGACUUUUUUUUUUUUAUUCCAGCCAAGACACAACAUGUACAAAAGACCCCUCACAACACAAAUAAACCAAAUAUUUACUUUUGUCAUAGAAAUAAAUGAGUGAUGUCAUGAAUAUUUUUCUAUGUGAAAUUUCUCAGAUUAAUUUGUAUAACUUUAUAAUGUAGGUGCCUGCAGGCCCUGAAGAAGAAAGAUUAUGUCUGUAGUAAUGAUGUGUUUAUUUAUCACAGUGGGGGGUCUGAGUGUGAAUAUUAUCAUGAUUCACUUUUAAUGCUACUUUCAGCUCUCCUUUAUUGCAGCCUGUAGCUCUGCAGGUUUGAUUUGGGAGAGUUUUCCUUCACAUGAUCCAAAAUUAAAGGGGAGUUGUGUCUCCAUUUGGAAUUGAACCAGCAACUUUUUGCUUGCUCCUGAUUUAUGUGCACUUUACGAUUACUGAUUUUUAAUAAGCACCAACAUGAGUUUCGGAAUUAAUCAAAUCUAUAAUUGAAAGAUGGAUAUUUUGCUGUAGUGUAUAAAUAAGGUAUUAAAA